UGAAGGUGGGAUGGGUCCACCUUCAGUCUUUUGCAAUUAUUGAGUCGCGUUCACUAAGCAUAAAACAACCACAAAUAUCACAAAGAUGAUCCACUAAAGCUGUACUCAACGCAAAUAAGCACCAAAAGGAAGAAUAAUGCUUUACAGCAGAAAGUUUCAGUCCGCUCGUUAUACGUCUUAAAGGACGAAUAUGUUGACAAUUUGAUAGAGAGCAUUGCCAUUCAUUUACCUCGCUAUCAAGCAUAUAUUCAGAGCUUCAAACACUUAACCUGUCACAUGCACAAGAUAGAUUACGUGAGAAAGUCUCCGUGCGAAAGAGAUGUUGGUACACGCCGUAGGCCUGCUGAAUCAAAUGUGCCACAACUUAAGAGAUAGAUCCUUGGUUAGUAAGGUUUUUGCGUCUGUUAACUGUAAUGCAGACCAGCCGUUGGUAGAACAUGAUGCGAUCAAGCAACAAGAGAUUCUAUCUCAAACACUUGCAGAUGGCGAUAUGCAAGACAUGCUAGUCUUCAUAUCGAAAAAGCAAGUUUGCAUUGUUGCAAUUGAUUUUGCAGGACUGACCACAAAUUGUGAAGAUUUGAAGGUUUUUUUAAAAAACAACCCAAAUGUCAAGAAAUUGAUAAUAGACAAAUUAGCUGAAUCUAACGUUUGUAAUGUCUACGACUCGCAAGAGCUUCUGAACGAUUCUGAAAAAACCAAUGUGAUGCCUUUAAUCAUCACCUAGGCCAAAUAUACGCAAUAAUUUACCUAAAUCACAUUACGUAUAUUUCCUAUUUUUCUCAUAUUACUCAUAAGUUCUCAGACAUGCAAUUUCUCUGAACAAAUUAUUCAUUUCAACGAUAUAACAGAGACCCUGAUGUUAACUCGAAAUCGAUAUCUUUUUAUAGUCUCGCUACUUAACUUAGUCCAUUAUAAUCCUUACAUUAAAUAAAGUUUAUAAUCAAACUAUUUCAUUGUUG